AAUUAAACGUCAUUAAAUAUUGAAACCCAGCUGUAUGAAUGAAUUUUCCCAAAAAUGGCUCUAGAAAUGCAACAGAAAAUGGUGGUGACACCCAAGAUGGGCAAUGGUGAUCUAGAAAAUGAGGUGCAGUCAGGAACCGCCAUAGAGAUUGACUCAGAUGACGAGAGCUCAUGUAUUCAAGAGAAUAAAUCUGCAAAAUAUACGCGAAAAGCUGUAUUCCUUGUACUGUUGUUCAAUGUAUUUCUUAUUGUUGCCGCCACUCCUGUGUUUUUAUAUUUUCGUAGCGAAAACGAGCUAUUGAAGAAAAGGUUACUCGACUUUUUAAUUAUCGGUGGAGCCAUUGUUGGAAUCCCCGCUCUUUACUGUAUGGGUGAUCUAGGCGAAGGCAAACCAAACUUCUACUACAUAUAAUAUGCAAUAUGCAAGGAUUGAAUUACACAAUUAAUUUCAAAAUUCCAAAGAUAUCUCACUAUCCAUGCUAAUAUUAGCAAGACUGUUAACUGACACAUUUGAGCUUUUAACACCAACAAUAACUUAGUAUUCACAUCUGAUUAAUUUAAUUAUUUCAUGUUAAGCCAAAAUUCUUAAGAGACUGCAGAAAUGUCAAUUAGAAGACCAGUAUACAUGUCCUACAAUCAGAAACGCAUUGCGCGUUGGUACUUUGGUGGUGUGGCCAGUUCAAUGGCUGCCAUAAUCACUCAUCCCCUGGACCUGAUGAAGGUGCUCAUCCAGACUCAGGCGGAGAAGUUGUCAAUGCUUGCUACUGCACGCAAAAUCAUAAAGGAGCAGGGUAUCCUGGCCAUGUACAAUGGCAUCUCGGCCUCCAUGCUGCGACAGUACACCUACACGCUGUCCCGCUUUGGAAUCUAUCAGGUGGGCUCCGAAAUGAUGGACACCAGCACCAUGCAACGGAAAACCGCUCUGGCGGCGGUGGCCGGUGGACUCGGUGGAUUCGUGGGUGCUCCAGCGGAUCUGAUCAAUGUGCGUCUCCAGAAUGAUGUCAAGUUGCCCGAGGAAAAGAGACGCAACUACAAGCAUGCUAUCGAUGGUCUGGUGCGCAUCACCCGCGAGGAGGGUUGGCGCACCUUGUACAAUGGUUCCUCAAUGACCGCCCUGCGUGGCAUGGGUAUGACCGUCGGCCAGAUCGCUUUCUACGAGCAGAGCAAGGAUAUCCUGGUGGAUUUAGGUAUGCCUCCGAAUAUGGGUACCUAUAUCACCGCCUCGAUAAUAUCGGCCACGGCGGCUACGGUUUUAACACAGCCUCUGGAUGUGGUAAAAACUCGACGCAUGAACGCCAGAGCUGGAGAGUACUCUGGAUUGGCGGAUGUAAUCAUCAAGACGUUCAAGGAGGGACCAUUGGCAUUCUACAAGGGCGUAGUUCCCGCCUUUGCCCGACUUAUGCCGCACACGGUUCUGCUGUUCUUGAGCCUGGAGUUCCUGCGGACUCACUUUGGCUAUUUACCGGAGCCGAAGAACACCGGACCCUUUUAUCGCUACCAAAAUGAUAUUGAUGAUGAUGAUGACUGAUCAUAGGUCUUUGUUCAAAAUCUCCAGUGUGUUUUAUGUAUGGAGUAUGUGUAGUAACAGUGAAAUAUAGUGAAUUGCUUUAAAAAGCUUUAAAAUUA